GUUUAAUACAGGUGACUGCUCAGGUUGAGUUGUUUAUGAUCAAUGUAUUAUUACAUUUCAGUGUGAUAUUGUACAGUAUAUGAACCAGGAGGCAGUUAAGAGUUUACUUGUCAUAUCAACACAUCGCAUCAUUAUCUUCAGGAUCGAAGGAGACAGUGCGGCUUCCCGUGAUUGGCUGAAAUCCUAUGAAGAUCAACCAAUCACAGAGCUUCGAUAUGUAGAUAUAGGGCUAGGAUACCAGACACUUCGUCUGGAGUUUGAGACGGAGUGUUCCAGCUAUACAUUACUGAUUGCUGACGAAGGACGCUGCAAAAAGUUCAAAACCCUGAUCUCGGAUAUAGUUGCCCAUUCAGACCACAGUCAUUUAGAGGGAAUUGGAAAGUCCAACCCGACCACCCUAGAUAACCUAGAACACCAAGUACUGUGUACAGAAGAUGAUACUGUACCACAACAGCUGGUCAGAUUUCUCAUGGUGAAAUACUCUGAUGCUGAUACAGGCAGUGAUGACACAAUGACACGUAGUCUGGUUGUAACCCAGACAGAUCUUGUCCUUGUUGAUGAGAAUCAUCAGUGGCCGUUACCAAGGUUACAGGCUCCUCUGACAGGGGCCAUCAAGGGAAAGCAAUUCACUGUUGUUCAGCGAGAAAAAAUCAACAAUAUUGGAACAUUGUCCUUCAAUGAAUACAAACCCACAGAAUUACAGCUAGCUUUCCUGGAGACCUCAGCUGUUGGUAGUCCUUCAGCAUGGAUUAUUACAUUUGAAACAAUGCAAGGAGUGAAAUUAUUUGUUGAUUCAAUACGUGGACCAUGGGAAGAAGAAUUCGGAGUCUCGUUGGAUAUAACGUCAACAUCAUUCACUGAUACAGAGAAAUCCAGUCUGAUGGAGUAACAGAUGUUUAUAUGCAUUCUAUAAAUCAGAGUCAUAAUACGAGCCGUGCCAUGAGAAAAUCAACAUAGUGGCUUUGCGACCAGCAUGGA